AUGCGGGGAAAACAGGGCGCCGCGGAUUUCCGUCGUGGACGAGCCGAGUCCUUUGACGGCUUCGGCGUUUCAGCGUCGUCAGACAGCACUGAUGGCAAUCAGUUGGAAACAGCACUCUGUGUGCCAUACCGCACUGUUGACAAUCCCGGGCUUGUUGACCUGGUUGGCAAUCAGCGAGGCAACCCUGAGUGCCUUAACGGCGAGUCAGCCACCAUCUCGCAACGCCCGAACCGGACAAUGCUUACGGCAUUUACCUUAUAUGAGUUGCCCCAGCGCCCUAUACCGGACGGACGGAUCGGCCGUUUGGAGGAGUUUAAAUUCGAGCGGCCAUUCCACUCAGACUCUGUGAUAAUUGUUUCGUGCUUCAUAACUACCAGAUAA